ACGUCCUGGUUCAGAAUCAGUUUCUGAGAAAUUUAAAAUCGACUGGGGUACAUACAUGUCAUCAAGAAAUGAUGUUGUGUAUAUUCGCCUAGAUGUACGAGGGUCCAAGGGCCAAAGCAAAAAAACACUAUAUCGUCAUUUAGGAGGAGUAGAAGUUUUAGAUCAAAUUUCUGUGCUUGGGUAUUUGCUGGACACUAUAGGUUUUUUAGAUGAAACUAGAGUAGGUAUGUGGGGGUGGGGCUAUGGAGGUUAUGUAACCUCAAUGGCUCUCGGUACGCAACAAGACGUAUUUAAAUGUGGAAUCGCAGUUUCUCCCACUGCAGAUUGGUUAUAUUCAAAUUCGGCGUUUACUGAGCGUAUAUUAGGCCUGCCUGCUGAAAAUUUUAAAGGCUAUGUUGAGGCAGAUGCAACUCAAAGGGCACGUCUAAUUAAAUCCAAUUCAUAUUUUUUGAUUCAUGGCCUGGCAGAUACCACAGCUCCCUUUGUCCAUGGAGUGCAAUUAGCGAAAUCCCUAACAAGCGCCAAUGUUCUCUUUCGAUAUCAGACUUAUGCAGAUGAAGGCCACGACUUAAGUGGUGUACUCGAACAUGUAUAUUCUUCUAUGGAGCAAUAUUUUGCAGAAUGCUUAAGCUUGGACCCGGAUGAUACAAAACCAGAAGUUGAUAAAAGCAUAGUCCCAGCUGAAUAAAAAAAGUUUAA